UAUAAAGAAGCAAUGAAGCUUUUAAAAGAGGAAGAAGUAAAUUAUGAAAAUGUUCUUCGUAUAAUUACCAAGGGGCUAUAUUUCAAUCCGAAGUUUCACCAGUUUUAUGCUUUGAGAGGCGAUAUAUAUAUGAGCCAAGGACGCUGGAUGAGUGCCAUUAAGGAUUUCGAGUCUGCAAGAUUAAUGACAAAAUUCGAUUUCAAACUCAGUGACGCAGAAAUAAAAAGUUUAUACUCCAGACAAUUAGCAGCAGCUUAUAGGAGAAGAGGUGAUUGGUAUUUUGAAAAUGACAUGAUGAUGGAAGCGUUGAGCGAUUACGAACAGGUUUUUGUACUGAAAAUGGAUGACCAGUUGAUGACGACCAUGCAAGACCAGUUGUUAAAACUUUUACGUAAGCUGGACAAAUAUGAGAUGUUCCAGCGUUACUGGAACGAUUUUCUGAAGGAUUCUGAUCCUGUGAGAACAUCCGUCUUAUUUGCGGUGCAUGCAGAAUACAAGAUUCAUCUGAAACAAAUGGCUAUUGCUAGACACAUGUUGCUCAAAGCACUUGAUCUUGACAAAAGCAAUGUUGAAGCUCGCCGAUUACUAGAAAUCGUGUAUAGUACUGGUGACAAUUUGAUAACUUACACUAUCCUAUGGUGCAUGCAUGGUUGUUACGACAAAGGUUUGCUGACGAUCGAAAAAGCUCUGGAUUGCAAUCCGUAUAAUCCUGGAUACAUUUUGUUAAAAACAAUAGUCUUACGAUUAUCCGGGCGAUUUGAUGAAGCAACAUCGUGGUUAGAAAACAUCAGUAAAAAUUUUUAUAAGUUAUUGGAACCUAAAGAUACGCAAAGUUCAAUCUUAGGAAAACUUUCGAUCAAUGAAACUAGAAAUGAAUUGAUUAAGCAGUGGUACUUGAUACGAUACGACAGGGCAAUGGAAUUUAUGUUAAACGACAAGCUCCAAAAUGCUGCACGCAUGAUUUAUGAAAGUGAAUUAACUAAAUAUUAUAUGGAACCAUACAUAACAUUAGGCGACAUUUUUCUUAAACGCGAUAAUGUUGAAUUGGCAUUGCAAUCAUACCUCAAGUGUCACGAAAGAGUACGCGAACUACGACUGCCUGCCUCUCGAAAGACUAUCGAUCUAACAGAACGAAUAAUCGAUAUUUUGAACGAGCGCGCGCAAGUGGCGGUAAACGAAGGACGUUUGAAAGAUGCAAUCAACAUAACUGAUCAAGUGCUACAAAUUCUAGAUGGAAAACAAACAGAAUUACAUCACUUAGGCAUACAACGUGGUCGCGCGCUACUUUACAAAGCUCGUAGCCUUUUCCGAGCUGCUAUAAAAAAGAAAGAACAAAAUAAAGAGUGUUGUGAAAUAGCAGCCGAUAGUUUGAGAUUUGUUCGCGAACCGAAUGACGCCGAUUUAUAUCGAACUUUAUAUGGCGAGAGAAGUAUCGAAGAUAUUAUCGAUCGAUACGCGCCAAAACGAAAGCUACCUGGAUCGUUAAAAAUUCUCAUGCAGUUUUCGUAACAUUUUUUGUUUAUAACAAAACAAUUAAAAAGAAUAUCGGUUUUAAGAUUAAAACACUCGAACUUUCGAUACAUCGAUAAUUAAAAUCAUUUCUUUGGUAAUAAAUCGAUUAAGUUUAACUUACCGGAUGCAAAAAUUUAUUUUUAAAACAUCUGACGCAAUAUUUAUAAAGUGUUACCCGUCAAGAAGAUACCUGUAUCUGCUUUUAUCUUCAUCCUUUUUUGUAGUAAACACACGUCGUGCAUGUCAAGAAAUACACUAACUAUAAUUGAAAUGUUUGUGUGUUGUUGAUAAAAGAAUUGCAUUACAUACUUUUACAUAUAUUAUUUAAUUAAUAACAAAUAAAAAGAUACAAAAAUAAGUGAGAUCUUUUUAAUAAUGUAUACAAUGUUUUCACUUUAAUCUUUCAGUUUUAAUCAUACUGCAUAUAAAAUAUAGAAAGCCUGUAAAUUUAAAAUCUGGUCAGAGAUCUAAUAAAACUUAUUAAUACAGCUUUGUAAUAUUAUCAAGAUGUAAGGAUUGAGAUUGAGUGGGGUUAGGUUAGGUUAGACCAAUGCAUAGUGAUGUUAAGAUUAGAUUAGGUCAGGUUAGUUAGAAGUUGAUUUGACUAAGGUUGAGUUAGGUCAUACUAUGACCAUGAUCGUGCUUAGUACAUUAAGAACAAAAUCAUAAACAAGUUUGCUUCAAGUGAAAAUACAUUCAAUCUGGAGCCAAUGAUUUGUCCACUUGGACAUCAAUAGAAAUAUCAACACUAGACACAAUAUAUUCCUGAAAGUAAUGCAGUAUCUUAAACUUAAAUACACGGGACAACGUAACAGCUGUAAGCAAGCCG